AUGUCGGCUCCGGGUGUCGCGCAUGGACCUGCCGCGGCACCCGUCAGCACGUCCUCGGAUGCCGCGGUCCGGAGCGCGUUUGCAAAGUUCGACAAAAACGGCUCCGGCGCCCUCGACGUCCGCGAGCUCCGCUCAGCGCUCGGCCAGCUCGGCCUCGAGGCAGGCCGCACGGAGGCGCAAGCAAUCCUCUCCAAGUACGACGCCGACGGCGGUGGCUCGCUCGAGCUGUCCGAGUUUCAGGCGCUCGUGAGCGCUGCAAGCUCGACGAGCGACUCCCUCGUGACGGAUCCCAUCCGGAGGGCCUUUGAGGCCCUCGACCGAGACCACUCUGGCAGCCUCGACAGCCGUGAGCUGCGCUCUGCGCUUCGCAAACUUGGCCUCACCGAGGUGGACGCCGACGCGACCAAGGCAAUCAUGCGCAAGUACGACACCGACAAGGGCGGUAGGAUCGAGCUCGUCGAGUUUGCGUCGCUCGUC